GAACAAAAAAAAGCUAAAUUUUUUUCGUACAAUGAUCAAUAUAUAUGGGCCAUCAAGCGCUUGCGUAGAUAAUGCCUAUGAACAUAAUAAACGCGGUUUUAGUAUUUAGAGGGUAGUAGGAAGAUCGACACAAGAGGAAGUGGUAGAUAAAGUAAGGGUUAGCAAGGACAGGGGAGGAGAGUGAGGUGAAUUGAAUAAGAGAGAAAGCUUAACGCAAUUUCACUCUUAAAAUAGUAAAGCCAUAAGACAAUGUUUGAGUUGUAUGGGGUGAGCAGAGAUGGUAUGGUUUUUCACUCUCCACCUCCUAGACGAAAAGACGUUGACAUACUUGAAACAUGUCUCCAGUUAUCUUCACCAGAGUUAAUGAGGAAAUUGCCAAACGGUGACACUUUGCAUCACCUCAAAAAUAAUUCACGAAUCUCUACUUUAGUUGCUGAGAAAGACAAAGAACCAACGCGAGAACGAGGACAUAGCACAGGAAGACGUUGGCUCGUAAUGUGUGGAGUAUUUUUUCUAGGAUGUGCAUUGGUAGCCGGAGUAGGUUUACCUUUAGCUCUGGAGCUACGUAGUUCCCAUUUACUCGAAGCAAGACUUCAAGUAGUGAAAAGAAUAUUGAGCGAAACUCCUUUGAUAGAUGGUCGCAAUGAUUUUGCUUGGAAUCUUCGGAAGCAUCACGGUACCCGUCUCCGAAAUUUCCCAUUUGAUAAAGACUUAUCUUUGAACUCCAGUUUUAAUAAUUACUGGCAGACUGAUUUAGUGAGACUGUAUCGAGGUAAUAUGGGAGCACAAUUUUGGUCAGCUUACGUUCCUUGUGAGUCUCAAUUUUUGGACGCCGUUCAAUUAACUCUUGAACAAAUAGAUAUUGUAAGAAGAUUGACGAACAAGUAUCCAACGAGGAUGAGACUCGUUACUUCAAGUAAAGAAUUGGAGCAAGCACACAAAGAUGGUGUGCUUGCCAGUCUUGUUGGUAUUGAAGGUGGUCACAGUAUUGGAGCUUCAAUGGCUGUGUUACGAAGCUUUCAUUUACUUGGCGCACGAUAUAUGACAUUGACACAUAAAUGUAAUACACCGUGGGCCGACUCUUCAUCAGUUGAGGAUCCAAAUGAAGACGCACCGCUUGAUUUUCACAGUGACGGUCUGUCAAGCUUUGGUAAAUCAGUUGUGAAAGAAUUAAAUCGAUUGGGAAUGCUCGUAGAUCUUUCUCAUGUUUCUAUUCGCACGAUGAAAGAGACGCUGUCGAUAACCAAAGCUCCGGUAAUAUUUUCUCACAGUGCUGCUCGAGCACUUUGCAAUUCUUCCAGCAAUGUUCCUGAUGACGUACUUAGAAACUUGUCAUUGAACGGAGGUCUGGUGAUGAUAAGCUUCGACAGUGCUCAUCUCAGUUGCAAAAAUGAAACCUCUAUGCACGAUGUAAUAGCGCACAUAAAUCAUAUUCGAAGAACCGCAGGGGUUAAUCAUGUAGGUCUUGGUGCUGGAUACGAUGGUAUAAUGAGUCCACCAGCAGAACUUCCUGAUGUCUCUGGCUAUCCUUUAUUAUUGGCUGAAUUAACGCGGGAUCGUCAGUGGUCUGCAUCAGACAUAAAGAAACUCGUGGGUGGAAAUUUGAUUAGAAUAAUGAAAGAAGCUGAAAACCAUGCCGCUUCUUUGUCCAAUCAGUCGCCAAACGAAGAGUGGAUACCUCAAGAGCUCAUCGAGGACACAUCUUAUUGUCGUUAUCACGAUGAAUAAUUUUUUUGAAAAUAAAUCAUUACUUAUCAAUUAUAUUCUGUAAAAAAAUAAAUAUAAUUUUUAGAUUAGUC